GCAGGGCACCGGCGCAGUUCUGACGGAGCAGCCAGACGGGUGACAGCGUGCGAAGCAGUGCCGCACCUCGGCGAGGAUACCAGAGAGAGAAUCGUCAGCAAUGGAAGCAGUUAAGGACGUCACAGAGAUGGUGGCCGUGGACCUGGGUGCCCUCCUGGACGCCGGGGACGACGCCAUGGUGAUACUCGUGGCAGGCGAUACGCGGCUGGUGGUGCACAGGGCCGUCCUGGUGGACAGGAGCCCCGUGUUCGCCGCCAUGUUCGCCCACGACACCCUCGAGGCGAGCACUGGCGUGGUGAGCAUCGCCGACGUGGGGGGCCCCGUGCUGAGGCAGCUGGUCUCCUACCUGUACACCCUGCGGGCCCCCCAGCUGCCCACGAUGGCCCCCCAGCUGCUGGCCGCAGCGGACAAGUACGGCGUGUCGGGGCUGAAGGCGGAGUGCGAGCGGCAGGUGGCCGCCCAGCUGACCGUGGAGACCGCGGCGGCCACAGCCGCCCUCGCAGUCCGCCACUCUUGCAGCGACCUCAGACGGGCCGCCGUCGAAUUUAUGAAGACACGAACCCGUGAGGUAAUGGCCACUCAGGGGUGGGCGGAUGCCAUGUGGAAGCAGCCGCAAGACUUGAUCGAAGUGAGCCCACUGCUGUACGAUCCACCACCAAAAAUCAGGAGGCUCUCUGCAAAGGAGAGAUGCAGCAGGCUGAUCCAGGUGGCCGAGCAGGGGGCAGUGGGGGAGCUGAGAGCACUGCUCGCCGCGGGGGCCGACGUGGAGGCGAGGGGCGGGGUGUGGGGUUGGACUGCCCUGCACUGUGCAGCGCACAGGGGAGACGUCGAGGUGGCGUGGCUGCUGGUGGAGGCGGGGGCGGCGGUGGACGCCAGAGACAGCUGGUGGCAGAGGACGCCUCUGCACGUGGCUGCAAUGUGGGGCGGCACUGCUGUGGCGAGGCUGCUUCUGAGGGCGACUGCUGAUCCCAACGCCAGGGAUGGCAGAGGGUGGACGCCACUACACUGGGCAGCAGCCAAUGGCCACGCAGAAGUUGCGGCUGUACUACUCGAUGCGGGGGCUGACAGGGGGGCCACAGCUGGUGAUGGUCGGACAGCACUGGACCUCGCCAGUGAUGAAAACGAGAGGAGGCUGAUGGAGUUGCUGUCAUGA